UAAACUCCAGAAGAAGGAAAAAGAUAAGAAGAAGAAAAAACGUUAUAUGGAAUAUCAUUGAUUUUCUCUUGCUGCUACUCGUUUUUGAAUAUAGUUUGAGAUGGAUUUCUACAGGAAACAUGUCAAAUCAGACUGUGAGUCAUUACUAGGCCGUUUCCAACAAACACAGUCUGUCCGCUUUGAGGUUUUCUCCAACAUUUGGAAGGAGAUGAAGUUCGUUCAGAUCUUUAGUGGCAAACCGACCCACAAGAAGCGAGCGUUCUGUCGUCUGGUUCUGGACAUAGCAUAUUGCUAUUUCCUGCCACCGUUCAGUUUUCAGAUCCGUGUUGGUGGACUUUACCUGCUGUACAGCUUUUACCAUUGCCAGACUGCCUCAACUUCAGAACAGCUGCAGAUCCGUGUAGCCUUGAAGGACUGGGAGGAUGUGAAAAACUUUGAGAAAGAUGCAAUGGAUGCUCAGCACCUCGAUGUUGUCUACAUCUUAAAACAGCUUAUGAUUUGCAAAGCUUUCCAGUUCACUGCUAUGCCAACUCUGCUUCUUUAUAGGACAAAGAGGAAUGAGGAGAAGCCAAUGCUGUGCGAGCAGUUCAUAGAACGAGCAUCUUGUCCACAGGAACUAAUAAAUACCCAGCUGCUUGAGGAAAUGUCAAAUAUCUAUGAGCUGUACAAAAAUAUGAAGACAAACAUCAUUUCUCAGAUCACAGCACCAACAAAUACUUCUGUUAACCUGAUCCGUAAAGACAUUGUCUCUCAGCUCUGCAGCACUGUGAUGGAAUUCUACAACUGGCAACAAGGGAGGGACAUUUUUGAUGAACACAAAAACAUCUAUGAGAGGACUUCAUCUCAGCAGGAGUGUUCCAACAGGGCCAUGCUCCUAGCAUCCAUAAAAUCUAAGGCUUAUGGAGAAGCAUCGGAGGCUUCAAAGUCGCGCCGCCAUCGGCAGGUGGAGACAAAUUUGACUACUCAAGAAGAUGGAUCCUUUUUGAAGGAACGUCAUUCCAGAGUAAUGAAACAGUCACUCAGAAACAGGACCGAUAAGCAGAUCCAUAUGUUAGGUAGUCUGGGUAAGGAAGCCAUAAAAACCACUCUGAUAAGUCAUCUUGUUGCUCUGGACCCUGCCUUGGAAGAAAAAAUAAAAAAUGAGAGAAGAUUCAAGUGUUGAUGUACUUUUGGAGAAGCAAACUAUUUCAAAGACUUACUGACAUUCGUUGUGGUACAAUUCAUUAUUUUUCAUAUAAAAGUAAUAAAUUAUUACACAGAC